AACACUCAACAUUGUCACUUACGUAGAUCGUCUAUAACCUAUAACGACUUUAUGUAUGCUCGGCAACAAAUUGUUUUUAUCGAAAUAGACAUCAAUUUAGCAACGAAAUGUCCAUAGUCUAGCGUAAUAUUAAGUUGUUUAAUAGCUUCUUAGGAUAAAGUUUUAUUAUAGUUAAAUAUAAGCUUCCGCUAGUGUCUUACAAAGAUGGGUAUUUUGGAGAAAAUAUCUGAGAUUGAGAAGGAAAUAGCAAGAACCCAGAAGAAUAAAGCCACGGAGUACCACUUGGGUCUGCUGAAGGCGAAGCUAGCGAAGUACCGGUCGCAGCUGCUGGAGCCGUCGAAGAAGGGCGGGGACAAGGGCGAGGGCUUCGAUGUGCUCAAGUCGGGCGACGCGAGGGUGGCGCUCAUCGGCUUCCCUUCUGUGGGCAAGUCCACAUUGCUGUCAACACUGACGCACACACACUCAGAAGCCGCCAGCUACGAGUUCACAACACUGACAUGCAUCCCUGGUGUGAUCGAGUACCGCGGGGCCAACAUACAGCUGCUCGAUCUACCGGGUAUCAUUGAGGGUGCUGCACAGGGCAAGGGAAGAGGAAGACAGGUGAUAGCGGUGGCCCGGACAGCGGACCUGGUGCUGAUGAUGCUGGACGCCACGAAGCCCUACGUGCACCGCCAGCUGCUCGAGAAGGAGCUUGAGAGUGUGGGCAUCAGGCUCAACAAGGCCAAACCUAAUAUUUACUUUAAGCAAAAGAAAGGCGGCGGUCUCUCGUUCAACUCGACGUGCCAGCUCACUAAGGUGGACGAGAAAAUGGUGCAGAUGAUCCUACACGAAUACAAGAUAUUCAACGCUGAGGUACUAUUCCGAGAAGACUGCACGGCGGACGACCUGAUCGACGUGAUCCUAGCCAACAGGGUGUACCUUCCCUGCAUCUACGUGUACAACAAGAUAGAUCAGAUCUCCAUACAGGAGGUGGACAGGAUCGCUCGCGAACCCAACUCGGUCGUCGUCAGUUGCAACAUGAAGCUGAACCUGGACUACCUCCUGGAGACGCUGUGGGAGUACCUGGCGCUGAUCCGCGUCUACACCAAGAAGCCUGGCCAGCCACCAGACUUUGAUGACGGACUGAUCCUUAGGAAGGGAGUAACGAUCGAGCACGUGUGCCACUCGAUCCACCGCACGCUGGCCGCGCAGCUCAAGUACGCGCUGGUGUGGGGCACCAGCACCAAGUACUCGCCGCAGCGCGUCGGCAUCGCGCACACCGUCCACGACGAGGACGUGGUGCAGCUCAUCAAGAAGUAGGCGCGAGUAGUUGCUAUAGUCUGUCAGUA